AUGUCUCACGCUAUCCUUAGAGGUAGAUCCACGCCAGCACAAUUAUAUCUCGAUGGAGUUUUGGAAUCAAUACUGGAGGUAAAGAAAGAAAUGAAUCCAACUAAAAUUAGUGUGACCGAAGUGAUAUUUUAUUGUAUGAAUCGAAAUCGUUCUAAUGUUUUCAUGAUUAAUGGUUUGUCAAAUGAAUACUUUACUAACGAAAAAAUACUUAAGAUGUCGGUUCCACUUGCGAGAGCCUUAAUCGAUAGAGAAAUUAAUGGAAAAACUGUGAUAUUGAUACUAAGAAACCAUGAGUUCAUGGCGGCUGUGUACUAUGGAGUUAUUUUUGCUAGAGCUAUCCCUUUUAUGAUUGAUCCUAACUGCACAAUGUAUGAACUUAAUCACUUCAUGGCUUUGAUUCGUCCCAGCUUAGUUUUUUGCGAGCAAAAUCAAGUGGCAAACGUUUCUAAAACUGUGAAUGAUUCCAACAAUGAUAAACCUAGUAUUGUUGUAGUGGACGAUGGUACUUAUUUUCAACAGAUUAUUGCUGGAUUCAGCGAUAAUCUGGAUACUUUUAGAAUUAUGGAUGUUAAUGUCAACUCGCCGGUUAUAAUGUUGCCUACAAGUGGUUCAACAGGAUUACCCAAAGCUGCAAUGUUAAGUAAUGAAGGUUUAGUUGCACAGCUUCCAACUCUUUGGGCCCAUCACAACCAGUUUCCUCGACCAACUAAUAUAGCGAUGCUAAUUUCAACAGCGCAAUGGAUGACGCAUACUAGUUUAAUGACAACUUGUCCGGUUUAUCAAAUCACAUUGCUAAUGACUCCGACGCCCACUAUUGACUGUUUACUUAAAAUGAUUCGACGAAACAAGCCAACAUGGGCUCUCCUUGGACCAGCGUUUGCCAUUUCUUUAUCUACAGCAGCUUCUUCAGAAGAUUUAGCCUCGCUUCAGACAGUUUUAACUACAGGUUCACAGCCAGGCCCUAAUACAAUGAAAGCUCUAAAGGAAAAGCUAUCAGCACGUGUACGCCUAUGCAAUGGAUAUGGAAUGACAGAAACACACGGAUUCAUUACCAUCCCUGAUCAAAUAACUACAUUUGAAUGUACGGGAACAGUUGGAAAUAUUUUUGAUUUCAAGUUGCUAGAUGAGACUGGUAAAGAAAUUGGAAUAAAUGAAAAUGGAGAAUUGAUGUUACGAAGCGAGCUGUGCAUUUUACAGGGUUAUUAUAAAAAUGAAAAAGCGUACAAGGAAUGCAUAACAGACGAUAACUGGUUGAAGACUGGUGAUGUGUUUUACCAAAAUGAAGACGGCUUCAUGUUCUUUGUGGAAAGAAAGAAAUUUUGGUUCAAGUAUUUGAAUCAUCACAUUUCACCAGAAGAACUGGAAGCUGUGAUCGGUACAGUACCAGGUGUAGAAGAAUGUUCAGUUUGUGAGACACCGAAUGGACCAGCGGCGGGUGUUGUAAGGCGUCUAGAUUGCAACACAACUGAACAAGAUAUUCAUAACAUUGUUAAUUCUACACUUAGUGAUUACAAGCGUCUUCGAGGUGGAGUGGUGUUUGUCACAUCUCUUCCACACACGCACAGUGGGAAGCUACACCGCUCUGACUGCCGAAAUCUUAUAAACAAUCUGCUUGGAAAUCAAUUAUAA